CAUCACCUCCUAAUAAUCGAAGAGGCACUAUCAUCCCUCCUCUUCACCGCAAACCACAGAGACUCCCUUCCUGCGUAUUUUAUCGUAUCCCCCGCCGCCCCGCAACGCUAUACCUGGCCUCUUCGCAGCACCUCGACUCCAACUCUAUGGCUUCGCAAGCUCCCAACCAGCCGCGCCCCUACCCCGGCAACUACCUCCCCAAUGGUGGCGCUCCCUCAGGCCCUGCGCCCGGAGCUGUCCCGCUGCUCCCGAACCAGGGCCGCGUGAUCCAGCAGGGAAGCGUACGAGUGCUCUGCAUUGCUGACGUACGAGGAAACUUGCAGUCACUGAACCAGCUUGCGGCGGACGCCCGCGCGAACUACAUCAUCCACACUGGUGACUUCGGCUUCUACGACGACCGCUCGCUCGACCGCAUCGCCGACAAGACACUCAAGCACGUUGCGCAGUACUCGCCCCUGUUGUCUGACAGCGUCAAGCGCUCCAUCGCGCAAGCGCCACCACAGCCACCAAUCAAAGAGCGCUUCCAGAGAGAACACCUGCCCCUCUCAGAGCUGCCCCUGUUCCUCAACAAGACAUACACACUGAACGUCCCCGUCUACACAGUAUGGGGCGCCUGCGAGGACGUUCAGGUACUGGAGAAGCUGCGAUCUGGCGAGUACAAGAUCGACAACCUGCACAUCAUCGAUGAGGCGCACUCGCGGCUGCUAGAUGUCGGCGGUGUGAAGCUGCGUCUGCUCGGUCUGGGUGGUGCCGUUGUCAUGCACAAGCUGUUCGACAAUGGCGAGGGCAGGACGACGAUUGCGGGUGGCCAGGGUACCAUGUGGACGACGCUUCUGCAGAUGGGCGAGCUGGUCGACACCGCGAACCGCGUCUACGAUCCGACCGAAACCCGCAUCUUCGUCACCCACGCUUCGCCUGCACGUGAGGGUUUGCUGAACCAGCUGUCUGUCACGCUGAAGGCAGAUUUCUCCGUGUCUGCUGGCCUCCACUUCCGCUACGGAAGCUCUUACAACGAGUUCAGCGUCAACCCCACUCUGGACCACUACCGCGGCAAGCUUGCCGCAUCCAAGGCUUCUUUCAACGACGUUUGGGAUACAGUCAAGUCGGAGGUUGAGCCUGCUAUCGCCGACAGCGACUCGCAGCAGCGCCUCCUCAACCUGGCCCUCGAGAUCGUCAACAAGAUGCCCACUGUCGCCAACGGCGGCAACCCUUUUGGUGGCCCCGCCCCCGGACCCCAGAGCGGCAUCAUCGACGAGAGCGCUUUCAAGAACAUGUGGAACUUCAACCUUGCUGACGCUGCCUACGGAUGGCUUGUCCUCGACAUCGACAACGGCAGGAUUGGCACCGAGAUGCGCGCGCAAGGUUUCAACUUCGCUCACCGCGGCGGAAAGGUCGUGCCUCCUGGCCAGGCCGGACAGCCUGCUCCCGCUGCUGGUACCUCUGCUACUCCUGCUGCCCCUAGCCCCGCUCCUGGCCCAUCACCUGCUCAGGGUCGUCCUGCUAACGCACCAGCAAACGUUCCCCAGCAGCCCCGCCCCGCUGUCGCCACCCCACCAGUCCCCCAACAGAACAAGGCAGCUCAGCCAACACGUACCGGACCCUCUCCCGCACCUGCUGCGCCCAAGGAGCCCAAGGCUGCCACGCCCCAGCCCACUACCUCGAACAGCGCGCCCGCGAACGCCGCUGAGAAGGCCAUCUCCAGCGAAGUCAAGUCGAACGGGACGACGGCACCUGAGAAGGGCCCCGCGUCGCCCGCUCCUCGUGAGCCUGUAGAGCGCAAGGAGAGCAAGGGACUGUUCAUCACGGGUGUCAAGGAUGAGGAGGAGGCCAAGGGUCUUCUCGCGGAGGAGGAUAGGCCCAAGAUCGAGAAGCUGGAGAAGAUCAAGCACUUCUUCGUCGCCCACUUCAACUCGCCCACCGAGAUGCAGGCUGCUCUCGGCCGUGUUCAAGCAGACGUUAAGAACGCCCGGGGUGGCCCUGACAAGCCCAGCGUCAAGAUCUACAACGAGCGCGGUAAUACUCCCAGGUACGGUGCCGGCAGCUGGCAAGCAAGCAGCCGCGGUGGACCUGCUGGCACUGGCGGCUACAGGAGUGGUGGCGCCUCGGACAGCGAGGGUGGUCGUGGCGGACGUGGAGGCCGUGGCGGUCGCGGCGGUGCCUUCCGCGGCAGUGAGCGUGGCGACCGCGGUGGUGGUCGUGGUCGUGGUGGAAGGGGUGGAUACCGAGGUGGAGCGGGUGAGGGUGGAGCUGCACCAGCAGCGACGGGAGGCGAGUCAUGAGCCCGUGGCCACCUUCCCAACCCUUCCCUCCAUCUCUGAUACCCCUUCUCCGGAUAUGCUGACGCGUUGGACAGAGCGGGACUGGAACCGCAAACCUGUUCGCGCUUAGCGAAGUUUUGUUUCUGACGGCGAGCUUCCCACACUUCGCCUUAGCGGGCGCUGGGUGUGUUUUCUUCCUUCGUUUCUCAUGGUGGGUGCGGGUUAUCAGUGUUUACGGCGCUUUCUGAUCAGCAUUUUCCGCUGAAAUGAUAGAUGGUCUGCGCUUUUGUUUAGGGUUGGAUCAGCAUGGGAUGAGGAUCAUGUCUUGUCAGAGUAUGUAUGUAAUCGUAUGAUACCGAAAAGC